UUCCUUCGUUCGGUGAAUGUUUGGCGUUGGGAAAACCUCGGCAUCCCUGCUAGCUGAGAUUUCGUCAACAUUGGCCUCGUUUCUCUUCCUGCUACAAGCUCAGCCACCUCAAGUUCUCUAGUCCGGUUCUGUCACUUACUCUGGACACUCUGCAGUUCCUUUAUCUUGCUGCAACAAGUUCCACAGAUUCCGGAAGGACUGGCAUAUUUGUGCACCACUCUCGUCGAGCUCGAUCUUUCCUUGAACUCCCUCUCCGAGCUGGCUUUUUUGGCGUAUUAGCGCUGACAUUUAAUGGAUUCCGAAGUUGAAACUAUUGAGAGAAGAUUUACAUCUUUGUUUGGUCAACUUCAAGCAGAGUACGGCGUACUUGAAAGAAUGGUGUACAAGAACAAGAACCAGCAUAGGCGUUGUUCUUAUUUCAAGUAUCUUUUGAAGGUAGAGAGGGAUUUGCGGCUUCUACGAUCUGUGAACUUGGAGGACCUUGUCAUAUCGUGCCUCCUUGUUAUCAAAGGAGACAGACCUAAACAGAAGGCUCAUCUUUUAGAGAGUUUAAAAAGGAGAAAAUGCAACAGUGGAAAAUAUAAUUUUCUGGAGCGGAUUUUAGGAGCUGCACGCCUGCUGGCAGAGGUACAAUUGCAUGUGAAUUCUGAAGAUUUACUUUACUAUCUUCAUUACUAAGUUACUGUGCUUCUACUUCGGCAGAUCAUUUGUUGUGUGCGUCUGAAUUCAUUAAUUUACCAACUAAUUGCCACCUGCUUGUUAGACAGUAGUUGUUUUAUUUUAGCAGCAUAUUGUUGAAAAUACUUGGUUCUCGUUGAGAUGCUCUGCUUGCCAUUGGUAAAUAUCAUCAAUGUCAAAGCCUGUCUGAGCAAAAAUAUUGAGGGAAGAUAAU